CAAGAUAAAGGCAGCUCAGUAUAAAGUCCGGCAUCAAAGUAAUUGAACAACGUAACUACACGUCGUAACCUUAAAACACUUCUUCCCAUUUAAAGUCGCGGCCCUGACGCGCUUAUCACGGCUCGUUAUCGUUGAGAACGUUCAAGAUUCGUGCGUCCUUAUCGCGCAACGUGAUUCCGCUUAUGACGAACAGGGACGACGAAUUAAAAAUUUAGGUGUCGUUAAGAAAAAAAUAUGCCGUGCUGCCCGCCGCGGCCAGUGUUCGUCGGUGCGGCUGACGUGCGGGCGUGCAAUCGAUAACCCGCGCCGCUGAGCUAGCCCGCUCCGCAACCAAACGCACCUACAUCCGGGACGUAGUGAUGUGCGCGAUGUAAACGUAUUGUCGCUAUCGAUAGACGCGGUGAUCGUGACAAACAUGAUGACUAUGGACGUCGGGAUGUACAACAACCAACAGAACGGGUACGGAGGCGCCGAGUACUAUCAGCAGGGGACCGGGUACCAGCCGCCUUACGAGGGCUACCACGAGGGAUACUACGAGCCGACGACGCACUACUACGAGCCUUUACUGCCCGGGCAGGCGGCCCACGACCACCCCCCCGCGCCGGUCAUAAGCACAGACACGGGACUCUGUUACACGAAUUUGGAUUACGGUGACCUGCAGCCAAAUUACCCUUUACACGCCUUACCGCAGCAUCCGAUUGAGCCGUUCAAGCACCGGGAUGAGGUCCCGAGACCGGAGGAGAUGCACUUACACGAGCACAAGCUCGACAACCACUACUUGGAGACGAAAUACAACAUGCAUUUCGUUGAUGAGUCCUCCAUGCAGUACAACCACUCCGGGUCCCCGCUCUCCUGCGCUGAGUUUGAGCACUACCAGCCCAAAGAGGAGUACGGAGGACUGAGGGAGGGAUUCCCUCGUGAAGGAGAGACGAUGUCGCAUCUUAUCCCGAGCGGUCACCAAUCCCACCCCUCUCACGCCACUGUGCCGACCUACAAAUGGAUGCAAGUCAAGAGAAACGUACCCAAACCAACCGCACCGAAGCUGAUGAUACCACCAGCAGAAUUCGUCAGUCAAGGCGUCCUGGGCAGUCCACAAGACGGAAUGCGCACACCAACGGGCCCCCAAAUGAUGGCCAAUCCCUUACUCAACCUGAACAACACCGGGCGGACUAACUUCACCAACAAACAGCUCACUGAAUUGGAAAAAGAAUUCCACUUCAACAAAUACUUGACCAGAGCGAGGAGGAUAGAAAUAGCCUCAGCGUUACAACUCAACGAGACGCAAGUUAAAAUAUGGUUUCAGAACAGAAGGAUGAAGCAGAAGAAACGGAUCAAGGAGGGGCUGAUAGUAGCGCCCGAGGCCGCCCCGACCACGUCAACCCAAACAAGUGUGGGCUCUAAUGAAAACAGCCGGGAGUCCAGUUAAGUGUAUUGUGGUCCGAAAUCGCAUCUAUACAGACGAUUGAAUUAAAUUAUAAUAAAACAUUGUUUUUUAUGAGUGAGGACGUACAGCUUGUUCAUGUUCAUGCGAUAGUCAUUCAACAACAGUGAGCCGAGCCGGUGUCAUUUUAGUUUUAAUGUUUCGUAGUCGUUUUUGUAAGUUUAAGUUUAACUUUGAACGAAAAAUGCGCUAGAUAAAUGUACCUAUAGUGUAUUUAUUUUAUUAAAAUCAACUAUCGUUAUUGCACUCUCGGAGAAAUUUCAGAUGCGAGAGUUAAUCGUGUACAAACUUUAGUUAUGUAGCGUUGUAAAUUAUGUAUGUAUUUCCCCGUAAAGAGAUUAUGCGUGACGGAUAAGAAGGGGGCGAAUAAGCUAUUAGUUAAGUGCAGCAAGAAGCAAGCUGCUUCUCGAACAUAAAGCAGUAUUCUGUCCUACAACCGGAUUAGCAUUGACUUUAACAUUGCCAAGAAGAGUGCCAUCAGGCAUGCGGCCACAGAACUCCUCUUUCCGUCUACAAUAAUAAAGUAAAAAAAUAUAUAUUGCGUAAUUAUUAAAAAUGUUGUUAGGUUUUUAAUGUAUUAAAAAAAACUUAUAAUUCACCGGAGCGUUUCCAAUACCAAUCAAUAGACCCUGUUAUGCAGAAAAGAUUCAGCUAAUGUUUUAUAACAUGUAACUAAGCCAGUAGGAUACGUCAAAAUGUGAUUUGAUUAGUCAUACAUAUAAUACUCAAUGUACAUUAAUCUUACAGAUCAAGCGAAAGAAUCUACAUAGGUUUUUUAUGCUUUUAUUACAAUAAUUAAAAAAAACAUUUAUAGAUUCUUGAACUACUAAGGUUUAUUUUCAAUUUUAUAAAAAUCUAAUGUAAGGAUUUGCGUUGCAUUGAAAGAGAUGCGUGAUGCGAUUUUGUUAAAAAUACCUACACUUUUCUGCAUAACUUAGUCCGCUAAUUUUAAUGUUUAAAACAUUAAGAAUGGUUAGUUUCAUUAAUUUGUCAUAAUAAUUUUGUAAAGGGCUCCGAGAUAAUCAAACUAUUACAUAAAUACCUUAUGUGUUCCUUUGAUUAAAAAGGUUUCAAACUCAUCGGAUUAAUUUACCCUAAGAUGUUUACCCUAUGCUGUGUUCUCGUGAAUGCCGUUAUCCAGUUGAUGACGUAAGACUUAAGUCUUAACAGCAUUGGUAAUAUUUCAAUUGACACUUACAGAAAUAGAACGGCGGUACCCUUAGAAAGCCGAAUUACUACGACCGAAAUAUAUGACAGACGCAGCAGUGAGUUGAGAAGCUAUGAGCCACAUUCCCGUAUCUUCUGACUAAUAGCCGAAUGUACUAUUAUCAUUAAGAUCGUUAGACCUAAUAAUUACUAAAUUCGACCUAAUGAAAAAUGAACGAUCAUUUUUUCCAUCUCUAGGUCAAGCCAAUAUCCACUAUCGUUCGAUAAUCAUAUUUACUAAAACCAUAAAAUGCGUGUUUGAUGCAAACACUUAGUUUUCAGUCUCGGAGGUCCUAGUAUUAGAAUUCUUUAAUAAAUAUGUUAUGUAACUGGAUAAUAUUUAACAUUUUUUUUAGUGGUGAUCCAUAAGCGUGAUAUCUGGAAAAUCCUCAACCAAAUUAAAUUAUUAAUUCUUAUUAACGACUUAAAAAACCUUAACCGAUUUUAUUAUUUCAUGUAAUGUCCAUCUCAACAAAGAUCAUGGACUAGAUAGACACUCGGAGUUAUUGACGAGUAAGUUUACCCAGAGUAAAUUGUCCAGCCAGGUGGGUCCAACUUCGAGAAAGGGAUCAAUCGUCCGAUUCAACUCAGAUGAGCAGCGCUCGGGAAGAUGCACAGAAUAUCCUCAUCAUCAUCUGCAGGGUCUCAAAAUUUAAGAAGAGAGCUAUGCUCUAAGUUGCCCUCGUAUCAGGAACGAGGAGUUUCGCAGGAGAACCCAAAUAGCCGGCAUAGCCCAAAGAAUUGAGGACGUUGAAAAGUUUUCGACGGGUGACGGCAUACCAGAAGACGCAGCGUGGGUAGACCUCCCAAAAGAUGGACCGGCUACAUGUGUCUCUAUGAUCUAUGCGCGAAGACAUCUGAACACGAAUUAAUUUGUGUCCAAACCUAACCUCCUGUGUUUCUAUGAUAUGUGGGCUACAUGUUGAAGGUCUCGCGAAUCCGCUGGAGGAAAAUAAUACAGGAUCUGUCCUUAUGACGAACAUUUAGGGGGCUAUAUUAAGGCGGUGGACGUCCGUGGGCUGAAGAUGAUAAUCAUGACGUGUUAAUCUUUUAUUUAAUACUAGCGACCCGCCCUCGUUUCGCUUAGGGAACUGUAAUUUAUUAUCGAUUAUGAAUAAAAAAUAGCAGAUUUUUUUUCCUACUCACUUGACACCUAUCGUUAUAUUUUGGGUAAUUCACACUAUAUCUUUAUAAAUUAAAGCUUAUGUUUUAUUCUGAUGUGUAAGCCAUAUUAUUGUAAAGUUUCAUCAAAAUUCAUUUAGUGGUUUUUGCGUGAAAGAGUAACAAACAUACCUACAUCCAUACAUUCUUACAUACUUUCGCGUUUAUAAUAUUAGUAGGAUUGAAGACAAAAUUUUGUAAUAAUUUUAUCGGUAAUUGAAUUAUGUUAUUUAAACAAUGCCACACUAUUCAUGUAAUAUUUUCUUAUCUAAAACAAUCGAACAUCAACAAAGAUUAAGUUGUAUGUUUUAAAGAAACUUCUGAUAAUAUGAGUACAUAUUUCGGUAGGUAUCUAACAACAUAAGAAAUAAUACUCUUUACUUACUUCUAGCAUAAUAGUAUAUUCAAUUUCAUAAUCUAACUUGGUAAUUGCUAUACUAUAACUAAUAGCAAGUUAGUCUUGAAUAAAUUAUUAAAAAAACGACAAUGCCAUACUGGCCAGUUUUGUUUAAGAUUUCUUUAUCUGUAAGCAAAGUUUUGUAGAAAAAGUAGUAAGUAAGUUAAAUUUCAUAUAUUUUUUUCUAUUUAUUUUUUUAAGAUCAUCACUAUACCAAAGUCUAUUUUCGAUUCGAAAUACAUCCGUUGUAGAUUUCGCCAAGUUUAUUUAAAAGGACAAGAGUACAAUAUUUUUUCAUGUACGAUUAAAAGAUAAUUUAACUUUACGGUUUUCGUGGUCACGGAGGACUGGACAUAUUUUUACGAAUUGUUUUAAACUUUCACAAAUACCUAUAUUUUACACAAGAUUGUUUAACGGGUUCAUGCGACGAGUUUCACUUGUAAAAUAUUCUGAUAUUUCAGCGCUGUUGAGUACCUAAGUGGUAAGAACUCAUUAAAAAUAUAUAUAAUAUAUGUUAUGGAUAUUUUUAUUUAUGUAAGACUUCCUUCUAAUGAUCACUACGAGUUGAAAACAAAAGAAUACCAUUAUUCGCUCAAAUGACCAGAUCAAAACUAUACAGCUUUGGUUCAGGAACUUAAUGAAAUGUAUGAGACGCGAAGUCUAAAUUAGGUUAGUAGGUACAGUGACAAUUGCCAAAUAAGAUACGUAGUUUGGGAGUUACGACGGAGCAUCUUCUACUCUGCAAAUCGAUUUAAUAGAUCGAUACUCUGCAAAUUAAUCGUUUAUAAGCGGUGUCAUUGUAAAGAACAGAUCAGAAACUAAAAAAAAAACGCAAACAUCACGAAUCUCGUUUUGUAUAUUUUGAAAAUGAAAAUUAAAUAAAACGUAAAAUAAUUCGAUCACAUAUUUUAAAAAUACAUUUUAUUGCUUAUUUUAUGGAUUAUGGGUUCUGAUUUGUUCGGGAAUGGUCAGGACGUAGCACAGAGACGAGCGGUCGACAUAAGUAGGCCCUCCCAGGAAAAACCAGAGGCUGCCUUUGAAAAGAUACCCAAUAAUAUACUUGUUUAAAAUUAGCAUUAAGUUUAAAAAAACAACUGAAACUGAUUUUAGUAUUUUUAACUAAAUGAUGAUAUUGAUUUAUUAAAAAAUCUCCCUGUGUGAAACUGCUUGGACAUCUUUCAAAUCAAUCACUGAAAUGCGGAUGAGAAUCAGAUAUAGAUGUUCCUUCGCACUCACUCCAAGUAAUCACUGUAAUUUUACUGCUAUUUUUAAUACUGUUUCCACAGCUCUAUUAUCAGUAAUAUUUUCUAUAACGUAUAAAACAGUAUACAAACUGAAACAGAUAUUUUUUGCAAACUAAAAUCAUGAAAGUACAUUCCUGAUUUUAAAUACUUACAUAUUUAAACCUUUCAUAUAUUUCAUCAGAGAAAGAAAAACAGUGAAAACGAACACUAAGUGCCGUUGGCGAGAAACGUAUAACUUUACCUAUGAAUUUUCUUAAGCGUGUAUGGCUCUAAUAAAGAAUAAAAAAAAAUCAUAAGCUACCUAAACUAUAGAAAUAUGUUCUCGUGGGUGUACAUUGCUGUAGCUCCGUGGUGUGGUCCCAAGUCUUUUACUGUCAUAGUUGGGCUCAAGACACUUCCCAUCCGGGACUGCUGAGAUCACAGACAUCAGAAACUGUUAGCAAAUUAAUUCACUGUUCACGAUUCCUUGACUGCCGAGACAGACGCUAAACUUUAAAUUAAGCAACCCUUUCUAAUGCUCGGCCCGAAAACGUAUUAUAUCUUGUAUCAUUUGUAAUGAAUGUAAGUCGUGUAUUUUUAUUGUUUUCAAAAACAAAGCUAGUCCUUUUGUCCUUUAUGUAAUACGGAAUCGAAGGUAAUAUCGAUGCGAUGUAAAUAGUUGUCGUAGCGCGACGUCCUCUGUGGACGCGUGCGAGCGGAUGAAUGGCAUUAAAUUAAUUUUAUCUAUUUUCAAA